AUGUGUACAUUCAGUGGUUUGGUCUUGCCUAAAAUGGUAGUGGAAGAAUUGGGUGUUGAACGUACUGAUGUUGGUUGUCUAGGUUAUGGGAUAUACUUUUCUGAUUCUGCUUCGACGUCUUUAAAAUAUACGACAGCAAGUACAGUACGACCAGGUCGUCGCCUGUUAUGCAUUUGUCAAGUAGCCCUUGGCGAAUCAGCUAAUUAUUAUUCAUUUUCACCGACUCUCACCAAAGCUCCGGAUGGUUUUCAUAGCACACAUGGAGUUAAACGAACAGAAGAUAACCAUUCAAUGUUUAAUGAUAAUGAAUAUGCGAUCUAUCAACUCGAUCAACAACGUUUACUCUACAUUGUGGAAAUUUCAUGGGCACCAAAAGAUAAUCUCAAUAUCGAAUUAGAACGAUUACCAAUUAUUCAUCAUCAACAACAUGCAUUAAAAUUGAGUGAACAUGUCGAAGUUCCCAUGACAAUCGAUGAUGAAAUCAUUGAAAUAGCUGAACAAGACUAUGGCUUAAUAUGUUCAUCAUCGGGAAAACUUGUACCACUUAAAUUAUUUCAUAUUCGUGCUCAAAUUGUUGAUAUUACAGUUGAAGAUAAUGAAUAUGCGAUCUAUCAACUCGAUCAGCAACGUUUACUCUACAUUGUGGAAAUUUCAUGGGCACCGAAAGAUAAUCUCAAUAUCGAAUUAGAACGAUUACCAAUUAUUCAUCAUCAACAACAUGCAUUAAAAUUGAGUGAACAUGGUAAUGAUGAUUCUUUUUUAUUAGAUUAG